AUGCCUUCUGGACUCCUCGGCAAGAAAUUCCCGGCACCGGUCCUCAAGACCAUGUGGCCUUUCUACACCGCUGGUGUGAUUGUCGCCUAUGGCAUCAACAGCCUGGCCAACACUCUCUCAAACACCGACGAGUACAGGAACGACCCUCGCAACCCCAACAAGGCCGCUGCCACCAAGCACUAG